GAGUAUAUGUACGUUUUUGUUUUCCUUAGAUUUCAGCAACAUUGCUCAAUUCACACUAUCACAUUCUCAGAAACUGGAGGUACGGCCAUGUCGAGGCCGACUAGGGAUGCAAUCGAGACUUACAUGACCCUCACCGGCGCGUCGGAGUCACUCGCGUUUCAGAAACUCGAGAUCACCAUUCGCUGCUUUGCUUAUGGCUUCGUUCAUGUUCAUUGUGCGAGAUGGUGAAGCAAUCUUCUUGGUUUGACAAGAGUAGUUUUAAGCUCAAUUCUUGUUUUCUGGCUCAAAUCGUUCGUUACUAAUUAGGAAAUUACGUACCAAGACAGUUUUACACUUGAUUGUAAUUUCCUUGUCUUGGUUAAGUUUGAGUACCAAAACAUAUAAAAGAGAGUGUAGAACUGUAUAGCUGAUGAGUUAUUAUAGAUGCAAUGAUAUUGUUAUUCACAUCUCUGACCCCUUACGUUAGCCUUCCCUACAUAUAGAUUUGAAGCAUGAGUGUGUACAGGUUCUGCUACUGAGAUAAAGAACAUGGAGGGAAUCUGAAUGAAGCUGUGGAUGCACACUUUAACGCUGGGAUUAUAGACAUGAAUGACAGUGGAACUUUGCAAGGAAACACAUACAUGACGAAUCCCUCACCAGCUGCCUUCCCACAACAAAAUUAUACUGAUAGGAAUAAUGAGACUCAAUUUGGAGGUGGACUUUUGCCAUUGCUUUCUGCUGCUAGAAGCUUCAGGCCUUCUUUAUUACUCGAUCCUAAUUACAGAAGAGAUCUUUUUAAUCGUAUUGGUGCUGGUGGAUUUACUGGUCGUCAACCACUAGUUACACAGCCAGCGCCGGUGCCAGUCACUGGUAUUCCUGCGGAGUUCAAUAAUAGUAGGCAUCAUCAGAUUCAUCAUUCAGGACUGAGUCCUAAUAUUGGCAAUGAUCAUAUGCCAACAGAAUAUAACACCUCACAAGUGGACAACCACGUGGAGGAUGAAAUGGUAGAAGCUGCAAUUAGGGCAUCAAAGCAAGAAUUUGAACAGGAUUCCUCUGGCGAUGAUGAUAUUGCUCGAGCCCUCUCAUUGUCUUUGAAGACAGCUGAGCAAGAGCAAGCGGCGCGUGGGUGGCAGAUGAAAGAUUACAAUGAAGAGCUUGGAACUCAUAGAGGAUGGAAGCCAGGAAGCUCAUCAAGCCAAAAUAUAGCCAUGAAUGCAGAAGAUGAACAACUAAUUAGAAGAAUAUCUAACAGCAGUGCUGGUAAUCUUCGUCAGCACAAUGAUGAUGCUUUUCAAUUUGGAGAGUGGGGUGGCAUUUCUUCCAAAGAGAUUGAUGAAGCACUAAUGCUUGAGAGUACGCUAUAUGGUGGGAUUUCUGAAGGGGCUUCAAAACAAUCUUUGAAUGCACCUCAAGUGCAAAGUCAUCCAGAAAGAAAUGUGAUUCCCAUUCUUCCAGUGCACAGCCCUAUAUCACCUUCUCUCUCAGCAAGCCGAUUACUUAAAGAGCAACAGGACAUGGAGUAUCAUGCAUCAUUGUUGCUUGACAAAGAGAGAGAAGAAGAAUCCCGCAAAAAAAUUCACAGUGAAAUGGAAUAUGAGAAAAAUUUAGCUACUAAGAAAGCUUCUCUUCCGUCUGAACCAGCAUUAGAAGAUGAGAACGCAGUCACUCUUCUUGUUCGAAUGCCGAAUGGAAGUCGCCUUGGUCGCCGCUUUCUCAAGUCCAACAAGCUUCAGCUUCUUUUUGACUUCAUAGACUUUGAUGGAGUAGUGAAGCCUGGGACUUACAGAGUGGUAAGGUCAUACCCUAGGCGCGCUUUCAAUGUAGAUGACAGCUCAUUAACUUUGAGUGAACUAGGCCUGACAAACAAACAAGAAGCUUUGUUUCUGGAGUUGAUUUAGCCCCAUGCAACAUCUUCUAUAAAGACUUCUUUUUGCCUGAGCAUGUUGUUCUAAAGAAAUUUGCAGCUGGUAAAAGUACAACACUUGAAAAUUGAACAUGGCCCUUUAAAACCCGAAUAUAACAAGUAAAUGGAAAUUAUAUUCAAAAGAUUGUCUGUUUGAUUUGAUGAUGAUGUAUAUAUAUCCAUAUAUGUGCGUCAAUGGCCUCAAUUUAUGAUGAAUUCUGGCAUAUGAUGACCGUUUUGGGAGUGAUUUUGAACCCGCUAACAUUGAUUUUUUAUUUUU